UCUGAAAUUAAUGGGCUGAUCCAGUUCCAGGAAGUGGCUCUGACAGCCGAAACCGAGGUGAAGCGGCGCAGUUGUACGAAUCAAGAUGGCAGGUCUGUCUUUAUAUUUUGAAGAUGGGCAUGAUGAUUUGGAUGACUUUGGAUUUGACGACUAUGGUUCAGAGUGCGAUGGAAUUCGUAUCACAGCUUUUCUUGAUGCAGGACAGGACAACCUCACUCCAUUAGGACGGCUUGAGAAGUAUGCCUUCAGUGAAAAUGUCUUUAACAGGCAAAUAGUGGCACGUGGGUUGUUGGAUGUUCUCCGAGAGUUUAGUGACAAUGAGAACAACUUUGUCACUGUCAUGGAAACAGUUUCCAGAAUGUCUGAAGAUGGAGAACCUACAGUACGUGCUGAACUGAUGGAACAGGUGCCCAACAUUGCCAUGUUUUUGCAUGAGAGUCGCCCCAUCUUUCCAGAGGCAUUCUCCCGGUAUCUGGUGCCCAUUGUAGUGCGGUACCUGACUGACCCAAAUAAUCAGGUGAGGAAGACAAGUCAGGCAGCACUUCUUGUACUGCUGGAGCAGGGCCUCAUCAGAGAGAGUGACAUGGAGAGUAAGGUGUGCCCUGUACUGCUAGACCUCACAGAGCCCACCAGUGAUGAUGACUACAAGAUCGAGGCUGUAGCGAUUAUGUGCAAGGUGGUGACCAUGCUGAGCAAGGACACAGUGGAAAACCUUUUGCUUCUGCGCUUCUGUGAGCUCUGCAGUGAUGCCCGGCUCUUCCAAGUACGCAAGGUCUGUGCUGCCAAUUUUGGGGAGUUCUGUUCAAUUGUGGGCCAGGAAGCUACAGAAAAACUUUUGAUGCCGAAGUUUUUUGACCUGUGCUCUGACAGCCUGUGGGGCAUUCGCAAGGCUUGUGCUGAGUGCUUCAUGGUUGUCUCCAAUUCCACAUCCCCGGAGGUCCGACGGACCAAGCUGUCCCCUCUCUUCAUUAGCCUUAUUAGUGACCAGUCCCGCUGGGUGCGGCAGGCUGCUUUCCAGUCUCUUGGCCGUUUCAUUUCCACAUUUGCCAACCCCUCCAGCACUGGCCUGCAUUUCAAAGAAGAUGGGACCCUUCGUGAGACAGCAAAAUGCCUUUCUGACAGGUGUGAGCAGCUCCCCUGCAAUGAUGCCCCAGUGAAUGACAGCAAGUCAGAAAGCAUCCAGACUGAGAGGCUACCACACACAUCUUUGAGCCCGGACUGCACCUCAUCUUCCGACCAAGCAUUGCGCAUUGAUGGCAACAAAGCUAAUGAAGAUGCCAGUCCUAGCUUUGUGGGGAUCACAAGAGACUGCUUAGAGAGUCAGGGACAGAACUGUUCUGCUCCUAUAGCGACAGAUGACAGAGAACUCCAACAGGUAGACGACACCUACAACUCUUUCCACUACUGGAGGUCUCCACUGCCUGACAUCAGCCAGGACCUGGAGCUUCUGCAGAAUGAGGUACAUCACAUGCCCAGCCUGGAUGCCCAGGGGCCUGCUACCAGCUCCCAAAUCCAGAAGGUUCUGGACUGCUUGCAGCCCCAUCUGGAUGACCCAGAUGUGCAAGCUCAAGUGCAAGUACUCUCCGCUGCUUUGAAGGCAGCCCAGCUAGAGACUCAGACCGAGGAUGGAGAACAGGACCAAGAACUUCAGCCUGACACUAAGGAGACCACAGAACUGAGACCUGAUUCCUCUCUACCUCCAGCAUCACUUCCUGUUGACCCUGGUUUUGCAAACACAGAAACUCUACAAGAAACAGGACCACUUGAGUCUCCACAGUCUGACCCUAGUUCACCUCUUCUUCUUGAUGAGACUGAAAAGGAUGGCAAGGACUCCGCCUCCAACAAGCUAUGCGAAGAAGAGAAAUCCAGAGUCCAGAAUGUGAUCCCUCAGCAGCUGCUAGAUCAGUACCUGUCGAUGACUGACCCAGCUCGGGCGCAGACUGUGGACACAGAGAUUGCCAAGCACUGUGCAUUCAGCCUGCCUGGAGUUGCCCUCACGCUGGGCCGCCAGAACUGGCAUUGCCUCAAGGAUACCUACGAAACGCUUGCCACUGAUGUGCAAUGGAAAGUACGCCGGACAUUAGCCUUCUCUAUCCAUGAGUUGGCAGUAAUCUUGGGUGACCAGCUCACAGCGGCAGACCUGGUGCCCAUUUUCAACGGCUUUUUGAAGGACCUGGAUGAGGUGCGCAUUGGAGUCCUCAAGCACCUGUAUGACUUCCUCAAGUUGCUCCAUGCAGACAAGCGACGGGAGUAUCUUUACCAGCUGCAGGAAUUUAUGGUGACAGACAACAGCCGUAAUUGGAGGUUCCGAUACGAACUGGCAGAGCAGCUGAUCCUGAUUAUUGAACUCUACAGCCAUCAUGAUGUGUAUGACUACCUUCGACAGAUAGCACUUACCCUCUGUACAGACAAAGUGUCAGAAGUCAGGUGGAUUUCAUACAAGUUGGUGGUGGAGAUCUUGCAGAAGCUGUAUGCCAGCGGGGACCAUGAUCUGGGCCUCAACUUCAUAAAUGAGCUUAUUCUUAAAUUUUGCCACUGUCCCAAGUGGGUGGGCCGCCAGGCCUUUGCAUUUAUUUGCCAGGCAGUUGUAGAGGAAGACUGCAUGCCCAUGGACCAGUUUGCCCAGCACCUGUUGCCCAGUUUGCUAAGCUUGUCAUCUGACUCUGUAGCCAAUGUUCGAGUGCUGGUAGCUAAAGCACUCCGGCAAAGCAUCUUAGAAAAAGCAUACUUCAAAGACCCUGGCUGUGCCUAUUCAGAUGAACUAGAGGACACAGUGAUGUCUCUCCAGGCGGAUAAAGACCGUGAUGUGCGCUUCUUUGCUAGUUUGGACCCCACCAGAAAUGUUAUGGACACAGAUGCCUUAAUCUAAGACAUCGCCUUCCACCAGAAAAUCACCAGCACCAAGCCUGGGAGGCGUAAACACACAUACUUAAUUGCAUCACCAUUUGGGCUCUCCUGAUUAAUGAAAUGUGGAAAGUAGCUGUUUUGGGGGCCAUGAUGACUUGUUAGAAGGGUUGAGUGGCUUCUAGCUGUAAGAAACACAAACUGGAAAGCCGUCUUGAGCAUUGUGUGCUCUCAACUGUACAUUUUAAGACAGGAGUUCUUUUAUCACAAACUUGUGCAAUACAGCAGGCCUGCUCUCCAAAGCUUAGUGUAUAUUGUUUAUAUACAUGAAUUAGGUUAUUGUUCUGCUCCUUCUUCUUUUAAAACAAAAAAACAAAAACCCCAGAAAAUAUGGGGGUGUUUUUUUUUUUUUUUAAUAUAUAUAUAUAUAUUUUUUUUUUAACUCAGGGGGAUUGAUUUUAAGAUGAAGUAACACCAGUAAUGGCACUGAACCCAGGUAUUCUGACACUGUCAAGCACUCUCUCGUAGCCACCCUCAACAUAUAUUCUUCAGGUUUCCUUUAGCUCAGCUGGGCCAUUCUGUCACACUGCUUUUCCUUGGCUCAACUGGCCUCUGACCACUACAGCUUGGGAGAGAGAAUGUCAUCACUCUCACUGCAUUUUAUAGAAUUCAUUUUGUUCUUUAUGAAGAACACUGAAUUGUGGCAUCUCUGGCUAUCUAUAAUUUGUGUCUCUUUCCCUUCCCUUUAACGGUACUAAUUUUGCUUGUGUGCAUAUAAUUUGCAUUUUAGAAAGCAAACCUAUGAAUUAAUCAGUCAGUGGGAAGUUGUACAUUGUUGCAUUUUUUUUUUUUUUUUUUUUUUAAAGUAUUGUCAGUCUGAAGACUCACGAUGAUUUAGCCAUUUACUGGGAAGUCCUCCCAUAGUCAGAGGAAUAGAGUUGGAAACAGAAUAGUUUAAGUGGUGCUUUCUUGUCAAAAAAUUGAAAAACCUUAAACCUUUUCACAAGCAUCUUAUGAAGUGGUUGCAAACAAUUGAGUUGUUUAUAGGUCACUAUUUUUAUGGGGUAGUUAAUAGCAUAAUGGUUAUAGCAGCUGCCAUUCACUUGAAGGACCUGGGCUCAAAUCCCAAAUCCUACUGUAGUACCCUUGAGCAAGGUACUUGGCCAGUUGCUCCAGUAAAAAUUACCCAGCUAUAUAAGUGAGUAAGUAACUUAAGUGUCUGAACAUUGUAAAUUGCUUUGGAGAAAAGCAGCAGCUAAAUAAACAUAAAUGGGUCUUAUUC